UUCAUCCUGUUCUGUUUCUCUGUGUCUUCUUCCAUGACUUGGGAGACCAUUCUCACCUGUCAAGCAAGGACAGAAAUCUGUGUCUCGGAAUCUCAUGUCCUCCAGAAAAGGAAAGGAUAAGAACCCCAUCGUUAGUUUUCAAUCCCUUUCAUAGAAGAAAGAAGAAGGAAGAAGGAAGAAGGAAUUCGUGCUUUGUUCUUCUCUAUGUCCAUAUCGUUGUAGUUUCAGUCGUUGAUUAUGAACGCCAUCAAUAUCCUCAGCAAAUCCACCAUGAAGCUUCCUUCGAGGGUCCUGAGCCUCAGAAACGCAUCGUUUUUGGGGCUCAGGUAUUCGUUUAAUCCCCCUUGCUGUGAAGAAAAGCUUACCUGCAAGAGCAAGGCUAUUCUGUUGAUAUUCAAUCAAAACUCUCAAUUCCACGCCUACCCUUCUCGAUUCUUAGGCUUUCAACGCAUUCUCAACAAUACCCAGAGGUUGUAUUGCUUACCAAGUUCAGGUUUUGCCCAACCCAGGGCGGUUUCAAGGCCUUACCGUGUCUCUGUUGAAGCCAGGGUAGCAUCGAGGGUAAGGGAUCUCUCAACAUCGGUUGAAACCCGCGUAAACGACAAGAAUUUCGAGAGAAUUUUUGUGCAAGACGGCAUUAAUGUGAAGCCACUUGUUGUUGAAAGGAUUGACAAGGAUGAGAGCAUUGUAGGAGGAGAUCAAGUCCCUCUCACUGAAGAUGAAAACAACGUGAAUAAUAUUAGGGUGGGUUUGGAGGAGGGAAAAGCUGGAAUUUCAGUUGAGAUCGACAUCGAAAAGGAGGCAUGGGAUUUGUUGAGAGGUGCAGUUGUAACAUAUUGUGGAACCCCUGUUGGUACAGUGGCUGCAAAUGAUCCGGCUGAUAAGCUGCCUUUGAAUUAUGAUCAGGUUUUCAUUCGUGAUUUUUUGCCUUCGGCUUUGGCUUUCUUGCUUAAAGGUGAAGGAGAGAUUGUCAAGAAUUUUCUCCUCCAUACCUUGCAGUUGCAGAGUUGGGAGAAAACUGUUGACUGCUAUAGUCCCGGACAGGGUUUGAUGCCGGCGAGCUUUAAGGUUAGAACUGUACCUCUUGAUGAUAAUAAGUUUGAGGAAGUGCUAGAUCCGGAUUUUGGUGAGUCAGCUAUUGGUCGUGUUGCACCAGUGGACUCUGGAUUGUGGUGGAUUAUAUUGUUGAGGGCAUACGGGAAGAUCACUGGUGAUUAUGCAUUGCAAGAGAGAGUGGAUGUUCAAACAGGAAUAAAACUAAUCCUCAAUUUGUGUUUAGCUGAUGGAUUUGAUAUGUUUCCGUCUCUGUUAGUCACCGAUGGAUCCUGCAUGAUAGACAGAAGGAUGGGUAUUCAUGGUCAUCCCCUUGAGAUCCAAGCUUUGUUUUAUGCUGCUCUACGUUGCUCUCGUGAGAUGCUCACAGUAAAUGAUGGUUCAAAGAAUUUGGUGAGGGCCAUCAACAAUAGACUCAGUGCACUAUCAUUCCACAUCAGAGAAUAUUAUUGGGUUGACAUGAAAAAAAUCAAUGAGAUUUACCGUUAUAAAACUGAAGAGUACUCCUUGGAUGCUAUCAACAAGUUCAAUAUUUAUCCCGAACAAAUUCCUUCAUGGCUUAUGGACUGGAUACCUGGAGAAGGUGGGUAUCUACUUGGCAAUCUACAGCCAGCUCACAUGGAUUUUAGGUUCUUCACGCUUGGGAAUCUCUGGUCCGUUGUUUCAUCACUGGGUACUCCAAAACAGAAUGAAGCUAUUCUGAAUUUAAUCGAAGCCAAAUGGGAUGAUAUUGUGGGGCAAAUGCCUCUCAAGAUAUGCUAUCCUGCAGUGGAGAAUGAGGAGUGGCGCAUAAUUACUGGCUGUGACCCGAAGAAUACCCCUUGGUCCUAUCAUAAUGGUGGAUCUUGGCCAACACUUCUUUGGCAGUUUACUUUGGCAUGCAUCAAGAUGGGCAGAUUAGAACUAGCCCAGAAGGCAGUUUCUUUGGCAGAGAAAAGGCUUGCAAUAGAUCGUUGGCCUGAAUAUUAUGACACCCGAGCCGGGAAGUUUAUUGGAAAGCAAUCUCGACUUUACCAGACAUGGACCAUUGCUGGUUUCCUGACCUCAAGAUUGAUGUUGGAGAAUCCAGAGAUGGCUUCCUUGUUGUUCUGGGAGGAGGACUAUGAGCUUCUUGAGAUCUGUGUUUGUGCACUUAGCAAAAGCGGCCGGAAGAAAUGCUCUCGUGGUGCUGCUAAAUCUCAGAUACUUGUGUAAUUGAAAACCAUUCUUUUGAAGGCAAGAGAGCCUUUGAACUGUACAGCCAGGAGUUAUAGGGUAGUGUAAUAAGAGUCUGAUAAGCAAUUUUCAAACCUUAAAAAGUUCAACAUACAGGUUUGUAGUACAGACUAGUGUAGUAUAGUUACACGUGUUAUUUGUUGGAUCAACCAGAGAAGUUGAUAGGCAUUGAAAAUGUAAAUGGGUGGGAUCAACAGAGCCUGAACUUAUAUAUCAUGGCUUGUCCCAGGGUUAUUGCACUGUAUAUUGUUUAACAAUUUUCAUUAUCAGAAGGCAGUACAGCAACAUAUUCAUUUUUCUUCCCUA